GCGCGGGGCAGCGCGCGGGCGCCGGGCAGCGCUCCGGCCGGCACGGACCGCACUCGGGGCGCCGGCCGCCGGUGGCGCGGAGCCCGAGGCCUGGGGCCAGCGGCGGCGGCAGCAGGAGCAGCAGCAGCGGGAAGAGCGAGGAGAACUGGGCAGAACACCAGAAUAUCAGAAGCAGUCAAUAACCAAGAGGCUGGAGAAGCUCGAAGCACAGCCCCGAGAAGCAGAUUGUUCACUGGGGCCACAUGCACCGCUUCCCCGCUGAGAUGCUUUCCACAACCUCGAGAACCAGGCGGCUGAAUGGCACCUGUGUCAGCUCGGUGGACCUGGAGCUCUUCCUCCAUUACUCCCUCAUCCCAUCACUUUUCAUCAUUUUGGUCUUGUCCUUUCUCCAAAGGCGAGAGCACCGUAAACAGAGAGACGACACUUCUCACCUCCUGGGGAACCGCUUUGAAAUCAUCAUACCUCUGGACUUGGUGGGCACCUUUAGUAACCGAUGGUCCUAUGGACUCGCCUUUGGGGCCACAGCCAAUAAGGUCAUGUUCUUGUUCUCGGAAGGCUACCAGCCCUUGCAGAUCCCACAGUGGGCCCAAGCCUUUGUACUGCUGAUCGGAGGCAUAGAAGUCGGCCUGUCCCACUUCCCCUUCUUUGCCUGCCUCUCGUCGGAGUUCCGGCUGCUCAGCUCCAUCCUCGGCUUCAGCUACUCUCUGAUCUGGUUUGCUGUCACUGUCCUUUACAUCACAGAGUGUCCCCAUGGGCAGUUUCUGGGGAGGUACGAGACGGUCCUGUUCUACUGGCCCUCCCUGCUGUGCCUGGCCUUCCUGCUGGGCCGCUUCCUGCAUAUGUUUGUCAAGUCUCUGAGGGUCCACCUGGGCUGGGAGCUGCAGAUGGAAGAAAAGCCUUUCCUGGAAGUUCACCAGGCACAGCAUGUCAAACGUCUCCUGAGGAAGCCCCCCUUGCAGGAGACUAAAAAGUCCUGGUUCCAAACCAGAAUCUAUGAGUGGGACCCCUGCUUUCAGUUCCCAAGCAGAAUGAUUGGAACCACCGUGUUGGCUUUCAUAUGCCUGUACCUUUUCAUUGUCAUUGAGUUCUGCAUGUUCGUGUAUGUGAGAGAUGAGCUGGAUGUGUUUGAAGGGGAGCUGGAGAGCUAUAUCACCUCCGUGAACCAGACGGGAACCCUGACCCCAGUCAUCCUGCAGGUGAAAGAGCUGAUGAGCGUCACCAAAGGAGUCUGGCUGGUGACCAUCUUGUCCGCCUCCCUCACGUGUGUGAGCUAUCUGUUCCACAUACUGGCCUGUUACAGAAAGCACAUGAAGAGGUUGUGGGCAGGAAAUAAACACUUCCUCCCUUUGAAGUUCCAUAAUCCUUCCUCGGCAGAGAGUGUGGUGGCCAUUGCAAGGUACUCUGGCUGGCAAAUAGCCUACAUUCUGUGGGGCUACCUCAUCAUCCACGUGGUGCAGAGCCUGUGUGGCAUGCUGAUCAUGUACAGCCUGGUGCUGCCUGUCAUCCACAACCAGGGCCUGGAGAUGCUCCAAGGACUGGGCAUCGGGACCCUCACCCUAUCCAUCGUCCUGGGUCUCAUGAUCCUGCAGGUGUGGAUCGCCGCCACCUUCUUCCUACAGCCAAAGAUGAGCGCGGCUGACAGGCAGAAACCUUUGGCUCUCAACAACAGGAAAGUGUUCCACAACUUCAACUACUUUCUGUUCUUCUACAACGUGCUGCUGGGCCUGGGCGCCUGUCUCUCCAGGCUGCUCAUCAGCUGCAUCCUGGGCACGUGGCUGAUCGCACGCAUCGACAGGACCAUCAUGCAGAAUGGCUAUGAGGGGGCGGACAUGGGGUUCAGUGCCUGGAUUGGAAUGCUCUAUGUGGAUCAUUAUCAUACCAACCCUGUGCUCGUCAGCUUUUGUAACAUCCUGAUCACAGGGCAAAGGGAGAGGAGGCUGCAGCGGGCCAUCAAAUACUGGUACCUAAAUCAGGCAGCAGGUUCCCGAAUCUCAAUGAGGUCCAGGACAAGGUGGUUCCUGUUACACACCCUGGUCAACAAUCCCAGACUAGUCAUGCUCAGAAAAUCAAGAUCAGGUCAUGGCUCCCAGGACUUUACCCAGAUCCUGUUGACAUGCUCAGACAGCUGACGGUAACCUCCCAACACAGCUACAAGGCCAUUCCAGGACGACUGCCCCUGUGACAAGGCCCAGGCUACCCAGCUGCUGUCCCCUGCAGUGUGAGAGGGGACGCAGUUCCCGUCUACUGCACACAGCACCGGGCGCUCAUGGGAUGGCACCUGAGCUGAACCAUGAAGUCUCAGGUCUAAUAAUCCACUCCCUUGGUAAAAAGAUCAAGAACUAAAAAGAAUUUCUGUUGAACAAUCUUUUCUCAAUAACAAUUUCCACUAUCCAUGGUUAGGAGGUAGCAUUGGGGAGUUCGGUGUGGACAAGCACUUAGUUUGACCACAGGAUAGAACUUCGCGUCACUGAAGAAGGUGGUAAAAUGUACACCAGGAGAGCUUAACUGUUAGACAUAGUUUUUGUCUGGAAGAAAGUAUGGCUUUAAUCCAACGGGAUCCUUGUUGCUUCCCCCUUUCCAGGCCUUCUGGUGGUGGGAGAGAAGGACAUCCAUGUCCCCAGCCGCUAAUCUGGUAGGGUGAGCAUGCACACGUUGGGCUGUCCCUGCCAUUGCCGCUGGGAUGAGGAGCAGAUCAGAACUGAUCUGGGCCUUGGUCACAAAGAAGAUCUACAGAUCUGACAAGGAGGGUAUCCCCUGGGAAGGCUGCCUAUCUGUGGAGGCAGAGAUGGGAGUGGGCAGGCAUUCUAGUUGGGGCCAAGAGCAAAGGUGUGGGAGCAGGAGAGCCUCAGGCAUGUUUGAGGAGGAGAGGCCUCUGGUAUUUGCAGGGCAGGGUAUUGGGGGCUGUUUAGACCACCCAUGGAGGCCCAGAUGCCAGGCUGGGAAGCCUGGACAUUUCUCUUUGUGCAGAGAGCCCAGUACUUACCCUGAGUCUUCACACCCACGCAUAAGGUCCCUGAUGGCUCGGGACUCAUGCAAAGUGACCAGAGUCACUCGUGAAGCCUGUGCGGUGCCAGGAGGACCUACCAACAGGGUGAGGAAAUUCCCCAUCCACCUCACAAAUCCCAGAGCCACUGAAAUUCAGUAAUCAUUAUUGAGCAUCUACUGUAAACCUAGUCCUGUGGCUAGAUGUGUUUGCCAGACUUAUCUCUUUUAAUUUAACCUUUGCAACCUCCAAACUUUGUCAUUCUGCUUUCAGAAACUGAGACAACUGGGACUAGAGUGUUGGGGUCCCCGCACUACCACUUGUAGCUACGGGAUACCAGCUAAAUGACUCUGUCUUUCUGUGCUGUUUUUUCCUUACAAAUAAAAAGGGUAAUGCCUACAACACCCCAAAUUAUUUUGAGGAUAAAAUGAGCUAAUACACAGCGGACUUAGGUCAGUUGUCCAGGGUGUGAGGUUAGGGAACCUUGGGAGAAAUGGGGUGAGGGGACAAUGGCCUCACUGACCUUGUCCUUGACCCUGGCAGGAGAGGAUCUCCAAGUUGGCCACCUUGGAGAUGACCCCCCAGGAAGCCCAGAAGCUAGUACCUGCUACGUCCUACACUCAAUAAAUAUCAGUUAUUUUUAUUUGCAAUGUUGAUACUUUGUGGUGAUCUGAUUAAUGUCUGUUUACCUCUCAGGAUGCUCUCAGCUGGGAGAAAGGAGCCAAGGAUGGUCUCCCCUCAGCUAGUUGCCUUGCAAAUCAUGGCUGAUUUUCCUUGGGACCUACACUCACCAGCCCUAUUUGCUUCUAGACCUACUAGUAGACUCUGCCCCAGAAGUCAUCUUGGCCAGCAAGGGAGAGUGUAGGGGUCUGCCCAUGGCUAAGUAGAUGGACCCUAAGCCUGGCAAAGCAGAAGCCAUCCGUGAUCUCUCAGGCUAGGGCCUCUAGGAAAUGUCUGUCUUAAAAAGAAUUGUAUGAGGAGGUGCAGGAAAGCUGGAGAUCCUCGUGCAUAGUAACGUAAAUGUUUGUGGAACAAGGCCCAGCUGUUCCCUUGAAAGGGACCUCACAAAUCUUUGCCCUGCACAAGAAGCAAGUAGGAAAAGGAGCAUGGGGGUCAUGGGCAAGGCUCCCAGGAGGAUUCUAACAUAGGUCAAGAGGACACACAGAGCCCCUAGAGGGAGACUGAGGCUGGAAAGUCUUGGGACUUCGUCCAUUUGCAAAUUAUCUUCCUCUGGUCUUGCCCUUCCCAUGUGCAAGGUUUGAUCGCUUGACAUUUAUUCCUCUACUUAGUGCUGAUGCAACUACAAGUCCCAGACGCAGGACUGGUCAGUGGUGGAGCUGGAAUUUCACUCCCCAGGACUAUGCUUAGUCUGCAGUUUUACCUUCAGGCCGAGGGUUCAGCUACUGCCAAGCCUGGACACACACUCAGCCCUGAGCUUCUUGAUGGCCAGUUCUUUUUGGCCUUGAAUGUUCUGCUGGCCAAACAGGACUGGCGCUCCCAUGGCAGGACCAAGCAUAGCUACAGGACGGAGUGGCACCCAGGAGCCCACCAGGAGCCACACCUCCGGUGUCCCUCCCAGUGCCUGCCCAGCAGCCGGAGUCCAGUUGUCCCAGCGGUCACCAUGCAGUGAGGCUUUGGUCAGCCGGGAGAGUCCUGGCCAAAGACUCUCUGGACCAGCCACCAGGGAGAGUCUGUAUCCGCUCUUACUCAACUACUCCCUGGGCUCACCUCUCAUCCUCCCUGAGCCACUCCGUAUCCUGGAAUCCGGCCUCAGCCUGCUCCUCAGGCUCAAGGUCGUGAUGAUUUGCAGCCAUGUGGAGCAGCUGGAUCUCCCUCAUUACUUUGUAUUCCUGGGGCCAGAGGGAAGGACAGAUGCAGACAGUGC